UAUCUCACAUAAAUCAAAUAUAUAUAUGUUAUUUUAAAAUGAUGUUUUAUAUUUAUAUAUUUAUUAUGCUUCAAGCGGACAAGUUGGUACAACAAAUGCAGAAAAUGCAAGUUCUUGCGUGGUUCAUGUCGAAUUACUGGUACAGUGUAAUUGUUUGCUUGAAAGAAAAUAUUGCUUGCAAGUAUGAUUGUUAUAAUGACACCUUGGCCACAAGUAACAAAAUUAUCGGAUUUAUAAGAACUCUGAUUGUAAUCUCACAGAAUGGCAUCUAGUGUGUCAAACAAGUACUCCUACUCUGACACAUUUGAAGGAACAUCGAUUCUGUCUGAUACGUUUUCACCAGAGAUAGUUCCUGUCAUCCCAUUUGAUGAGGACAAAAAUAUCCGAACAAGCCAGUACUCCAGUGCUAGUCUGAGUAAAGGCAGCACACAGACACUCCCUACAAAGGACAAGACAAUCACCACUACUCCAAGCCAGUACUCCAGCCCUGGCUAUCAGACACAAACUACCAAGGAACAUUCUAGUGGAAGUCUUAGCUGUGACCGCACCUCCCACACACGCACCUAUACCAGUGAUGUGUCAGAUACUCUCACAUACCAGGAUGACUUCACUGACGCGGAGGGAGGAACAGAUGUUGAGGAUGCUUUCUCAUACUCAGAUACAUUUGAAGACUCCAUGUUUCCAACCAUGAGGUCAUCAGUACCAGAGGAACGAGACUCCCGCCUGGACACGGUCACAUCCGAGGACACAAGCUGCCAGGAAAGGAAAUACCUGGAGGACUCCUUUGAGAGUCCGAGUCUGACAGUAACAAGUCGUGAUGGCCACACACUUGACUUCACAGAGAGCCACAUCUUUGGUCCAGCUACUGAGGAGAUCCGGGAACUGUCUGCAGAAGAUUUAGCUAAGGCUGAGGCUUUUGAAGCAAGUGAAAACUUCAUCAGCAAAUUGCUGGGCCGUCUGAGGGUGUCCAAGAUGGUUUCUGCCAACAGUACAAGGCCUCAGCAGGUCAAGAAAGUGUCAAAAAGUCAUGAUGAGAAGAAGUUUUGUCAGCGGACCAUCAAUCAGCUGAGGUCACACAAGACAGGUGAGACUGGCAUACUGGCGUCUGGAGCAGACAGGUCCAAGACGAGCUGCAGUCAGCCGGUGGAAUCAUAUGGACUGGCUUCUGCUGUGGUGGACAGGCUGAAACUUGAACACCUCAUGCACAAGAUGAAGAAGCUGUCCACACAGGAGAUUCAUGACAUACACAAGUGCAGACCGUGCAGGAACCAACAAAAGAGGCUUCAAGAAGCAGAAUCCAGACAAGAUUUCCUCAACUAUCACCACCAUCGACUUCAGGCAAGAAACAUGGAUGCCAGGGUAGACUCUCAUCUCACAAGGAUGACUUCCAUCAACCUGAUUGGAGAACUGGUCCAGACACUCCCCCAUCCUGGUACAUCUUCUGGGGACCUACUGUAUCUCUACAAACAACAGCUUCACAGGAGGAUGGAUGCCUAGGGCAACAGGGUGUCUCACUUACAUCAAAGACUUGUCUGUAGACAAGGAGUAAACCAUCUGAGACACACAGGAUGACAGGAUGAUGAUGACAGCACCUAUACCUCAACAACGAUUGCCCAUCUGCAUGGAACUUAUGUGUGGUCCAGGCACACUUGGCCUCAGCGGACUACAAACCACUUGAGUGCAUUAACCUUAAGACAGUCUUUUUGUACUGUUAACACUCUUGUAUUUCGGAGAAAUUUACAUCUUAGAUGUCAGCCAAGUUUGCUUAGAAGGCAAAAAACAUGGCAAGGUGUUCCCGCGUCCCACAUAAUGAAGAAGCAGUUGCCUGGACAGCUGGAUAGAUUGUUCACUACAUGUAUUUCGCUGCCUUAUUCGGGCUUGCUGUGGAUCUUUUGCUGUGUCCUUUAAGAGCAUUGAAGAUCUUUAUUGCUGCCUCGCAAGACUGUCGCUGACAAUGCAAGCAACUUUUUAUCCCGGUCACUACAGCCUCCAGAGUGGUACUAACUUGCACGACCAUUGCCUUCUAGAUGAGUUCAGGGAUCUUAAGGCUACACAUUUGCUGGCCUGUCUCUUCCGGUUGCUUGCAGUAUUCUCAAGACUAGGACAAUUGCCUCCACCAUGGCGCUCAAUAGUAACUGCUCCUUAAGAUCCUUCAUUAAUGGGUGUUUUUCGGAAAUAUGAGACUGUCUUUGCAUCCCAUUGUCACAGAGAAAUAUCAGUUUCCGUUGUCCAGGGAAUUCAUCUGUUUGGACCUUGGUUCUGGCGCUAUUCAUGGAUCGACAUGGCAAAUAGAGUGCCUCUUGAUCAGUUGCAGGAUUCGUUACUCCCUUGUAAAUUACAGAAUAAACAAUGUACAUUUGGAA